GAAGUGUUCUGAGACGAAGUGUGAUCAUACAAAGCUUACUUUCCCUUAACAGUUGCAUUGACAAAAUUUCUCUCGUCUUUUCAGAGGGGAAGCAUCUCUAAUUCAAUUCAUUCCCGUAGACGUGGCUAUGACAGUGAAAACGGUUGAAUGUUCAAGAAAAUCCGAGCGAUCUUAAGGAGAUUACAAACGCCCACCACAUUUCUCUGGUCCCCAGCCACCCGUCAUCUCUGUUCGCUAACCACACACCAGGACAAUGCCAUUCACCAGGCACAUAAUCAACGGUUUCCGGUACCAAGUGGCAGUGAACGAACACGGUCGGAAAACACUGGUUGAGGUUUUGAAGUGGACGUACAAGGGAGGAAGCCUAAGCGUCAAAAAGUACUUCGAAACACAGAGGGGUACGAACAGGAAAUUCAAAGAGAUGUUCAAUGCUGAACAACGUGACAUACUGAAUAAAGAAACCCCAUAUCUGCUAAACGUUGAUGCAACCUUUAAGGAAUAUGACCUUUCUCUCCUUUAUACCAUUCUUCGGAACUUUUGUGGGCUGGAGGGACCCAACUCAGACGCAUGGAAGAAUCCUGCUUCAGGGAAAAAACUGGAAUACCUUAUAUGUAGGCUAAAGCAGGAGCGUAACGACAUUGCACAUAUGAAAGUUAUCAAAGAAUUAACUGAUAAAGAGAUUAUAAAGAAGCUGAAAUGGCUGAAGUCCCUAUUAUCAAGAAUUAUCAGAACAGCCGGCACCAUUGCUAGGAAGCAACCACACAUCCCACGUACUCUGAUCGAGGGAAUCAAACAGGAGUUUAAGCAGUUAUUAACAAAGGUACGGGAGCCAUUAGAUCCUGAUGACCACUCCUUGCUACCACAACUACAAAAAGAGCUUAUGAUUUUUCGUAAUAUUCUCGAAGAACAAGUCAAAGAGGACAGUCGUAUAGAACUGCGCAAGCUUUACCCUAACCAAUGGGAUGUUACCCUUGCGAAGUGGCUGUAUCCAGAUCUGACAGUGCGCCCAAGCCUAAAUUUUACCAACUUGAUCAUCAAAGAAGACACGACACGUUCCUUGCCCUUCAACACGCACCCUCGAACCAUAUCCCAUGAGGACAUUCUUCAAGUGGAGCGCAGUAAUGGUGAUCUCCCUGAAGUACUGAUUAUAUCAGGUGAAGGAGGUAUGGGGAAAACUACCCUCCUUAAAUUCCUGCUUGAGACUUGGGUGGAACACCCAAAGCAAAUCAAAGGACUUGAAAAUGUUUCACAUUUGAUGUACUUCCAGCUUCGAGGCUCUAACAUCAGCAGUUUGAGGGAUUUGUUAAAGAUUUUGCUUCCAAACACUUUUAAGGAAACCGGAGUUAAGAUAGAGUAUUUUGAAGACUUCUUCUUGAAUUUCAGUAUAGUCUUUCUUCUAGAUGGUUAUGAUGAAGCAAACGAAAAUGCAAAGAAACUUGUCAAUGACCUACUAAAGUUUCAACGAAGCAAUAUGCGUUUUGUGAUAACUACCAGGCCAGGCUGCUUGAGCGAUCUGAUUCCUAUUACAGAGCAAAGAAAGAAGGUAUUGAACAUUGAAAUCAAGGGAAUACAGAGGAAAGACCGUAUGUCUUUUAUAGAAAGAACAUUAUCUGGGAUUGAACCUAAACCAGACAACAUAGAUGCAUUGAAGGUCAAUAUCAUUGCAAAUCUAGAGACCCUACAGAUGGACUUGGAUGAGAUGGACAUCCCACUGACAAUAACACUUGUGAUUAUUCGUGAGUUGAAAAAUCCCACCGAACGCUCUACAGAUAUCUAUGAGGAUUUGACAGUACUCAUGAUGGGCAAAAUCACAGACAGGUUAGCAGUGCAACAGUAUUCUGAUGCUGCAAACAAGGUAAGCAAAUAUUUCAGUACCUUGAAGAAAGUGUCCCUUCGUGGUCUGAAAAGAAAAGAACAUGACCUGUUGCCUGACACACUGCAGGAAUUGGAAGAUGUGUGUGAAAAGCUGAAAGUGCCGCACAUAGACAUGUUAUCUGGAUUUUUCAGUUCAAAGAGAACCUGGAACGGUGCAUCAUUUGAACAAACUUGGUCCUUCCCACACAAUAAGUUCCAAGAACACUGGGCAGCUGGAUUUAUUGUCACACAGUUUUCAGAUUGGAAAAUGGAAAGAAUUCGAGAGCCAUCUAAGGAAGAGGUUGGAUGUUUAGUGGAUCACCCUUUCUUGAAAUUUUUCUUUGAAGACUCUGAAGAAGCAAGGCAAUUUUUUAAAGACAGUGGAAGUGAUAAAGAAGAUAUGUUUAUCGAUUUAAUGUGCAAAGUAGCAAGUUUUGGGUUGAAGAGUCAAAAACCACUGAUUAAGCAAUAUCUCCCUGCACUCACUAGUCUUCUUCUAUACAGCAAAUGUUCUCGUCCAGUAAAAAGAAAGAGAUGUAACAAAUUGUGCCGAUUACUGCAAGCAACAGGGAAUGCAACAAAUUUGUUAGAGAUAUGCAUUGCUGCACUGCAAGACAUUGAAGAUAUUGACAUAUUAGGAAGCUUCUAUAAAGAAAUAGUAGCAUUGACAGACCACCUUCGGCCUCAACAUGUCAUUCGGAUAACGGAAGACGAACCCGAAGAAGACCAUAAAUGUGAUGUGGAUUUUGCCUUUCACCAGCUGAUCAAGCGAAAUGUCGAAAUCAUGACACAAGAGAAACUUAAAGAUGAAACGGUCCCAAAACUAUUGGAUUUUGCACGAAAUGCCUUUGGUUCCGUCAAGAAGAUAUUAAUUUCAGAAACAGCAUCUGAAGGAGUCCACGAAUUGACAUCAAGUUUGCCUAAAUUACUAGAUGCAUUCAAGUAGUAUCCUACUAUAGUCUAAUGUUCGCUAACAGGACAGGUUACCAUGUACUGAAUGUGUAUUUAUUUCAAUAUUUGUAUUAAUUAGUGUAAGCAAAUGGUGAAGUCAUUGAUCGUAGUGACCAUAGUGACGAUAUCUUCCCAUUUAAGUAUACAUAUAUAUCUGUAAGAUUUGCCCUUUGUAAUAGAUGUUAUUUUAUUCAA